AUGCUAGAAGAGUUUGAAUGGUAUCUUUAUUCUGAUGUAGAAGACAGCGUUUUAACUAUUUAUACAGAACCCUUAAAGCCAAGUAGAAAAUCCAAAACUCAAAAAUCAAACAACAAAGAAGCCAAAAUUCCUAAAGGAAGAGAAGAAAAAAUUAUCAACAAAAUUUCGAAAGUCUUAAAAAAAGCCAAAGAUAAUAAAACAGAAGAAGACUUUAUAAAUGAAAAUGGCUUUUCUUGUAUAUACUCCAGCUGCUUAGUUAAAUGCUUUGCAAUGAAUACUUUUAUUAAGCAUAUUAUCAAGCCACACCAAAUCCCAUGUGUGUGAAAAGACUGCAGCUUUAAAGGAAAAUGCUCUUGUGAGCUGCAAAAACACUUAGAAAAUCAUUGAAAUAAGUUUAAAGGGAUAGAACAGAAAGAGACUGAUAACUCUAAUGAUAAAACAAAAACGAUUGAGACAGUUUUAUCAUCUUCUAUUAAGUUUAAAAAAGAUAUUAAGGCGAAACCUGAACAUAAUUCAGUUAGACCUCUAAGCGAUUCCAUAAUUUUCAGAGCUAACUCAGUCUCAAAUAUUGCAACCCCUAUUCAAGACAAGCCCAAACUGAUUAACCCUCCAAAACCUGAGCCGAAAACUAUCUCAAAACCUCAGCCUAAAACUACCUCAAAACCUGACCUUAAAAUUAUAAACAAACCUGAGCUUAAAAUAGUCUCAAAAACCCCUCCAGUUGCAGCUAAAACAGCCACAAAACUUCCAGAACAUUCAAAACCACUGAAAAAAAUUAAAAUUGAAAAUGACUCGACGGAGUCAAAAACAGACUCAGACAGCAAAGAAAUUUUACCAAUUAAAAGAGGGGUCACUGCUAAAAAAACAGUCGUCCCUCCAGGGAAAAGAAUGAAGCGAUUUACAGCCUGUGGGGAAUCUCCAUAUGUAGAAGACUUAAUUAAAAAAGAGAUCCAAAUAGACUAUGAAGAAGAUGAAGACGAAAAAGACCAGACACCUUUUAUUAAAAAUCUUAUGGAAAGAAAAAAGGCUGCCCAAAAGUGGAACCCUUCAGAUGCAUUUGCUAGAGCUCUGGAAGCACAGAGGUUUUAA